UUCCUUUCAGAUAGGCCGUGACCAUGAAACCAAAUUGUUUUGUUUCGUGAUACACAUCUGAGAAAUGGAAAAUUUUUACAAUUUUGUACUUUUCCUCUUAGCAUACACCCAUAAAAAAAUUCCCAAGAAAACUAUGCGCCCAAACUCGAAUAAUUGCUUUUCAAAUCUUUAAAAUUGCUGGUUGAUCUUUGGACGCCAUCUUCGAUUUUUGAAUUGUGAUUGAUGGAAUUUAGUGAAAUUCACUCUCCUCAGUCCUUCUAUAAAUAAUUACAGCCUGAAAUUGCAAAAUUUGGGGGUACUUUGGGCAGCAUGCAGGAUAGCACACUUUCUUUAGUGACCAUUAUACAAAAUAAAGGCGCAUGAGUUUAUUUGAAUGCUAAAUUUCUGGGUUGAAUUACUUUCUAAGUUACUGAUAGAAAUUAAAUCUUGCAGAUAACAUCAACAAGGCAUUUUUCACGUUUCUUAAUUUAUGUAGUAAAAUGGACCUGUUUUUUACACUCUUUUUCGAAUAUUAAUUGACUUAUUUAUAAAGCAUAUAACAUCGGUAUCUAGAGACUUUCGCGAAUAAAAUUGCUAUGUCAAAUGCUUUAAGAUAUAUCAAUUCUUUCUUUAAUUUUCUUCCUAUUUUUUUAAAAAUCGCUUACAAAAAGCAUGCUAAAAUCGAUUUUUCAGAAGUCUUCAUAACAAAGCCUCUAAUUACGCAUAUGAAGAACAUCACUGCAUAAGAAGGUGACAACGUGAAGGCAACUUGUAAAGCUUUUAGCGAUAGUCUGCUGCACUUUCAGUGGGCUGUCGUCGAAGGAGAAAAUGCAACUGUACGUGUCCUGGAUCCCAACUUGAGCGAAGACGAAUGUAUAUGGAAAGGUGGAGAUGAACGAUAUCAUGGUGUGCAUAUUCUCUUCAUUAACGUAACCAGAAAAGACGAAUGGUGCUAUUAUUGUGUCGUUGGCGAUAACCUGGGUUAUGAUAAAACAAGAUUCUACCUCCACGUUUUACCAAGACCCAUGACGCCAGUCUCCAUGUCAGCAAACCAGACUUUUUCCAGCACCAUCAGCAUGCUCCAGCAACAACCAGUUGAGAAGGACGAAUCAGUUCAGAGUUCAAGAAUUUCCCUUUACAUUGUUGUAUCCGUGGCUACCAUCGUUCGUGUCAUAGGCUCAAUUAUUGCCUACUUAUUAAUAUUCAAAUGCAAGAAACACAAGAAACGCGUGUUUAGCGUUGCCGGCUAUCGCCCUCGAAAUUAUCCACGAAAGGGGAGAGACCUGCUGAGCUCUACUUCAUCAUCUGUGUCGACUAGCUCGACGAAUCCGCUGUUGAACAAUCAGCGUUUUCGAAGACAUGACUCGGCUUUGUCAGACGACCGCUACUGGUGGUUGUCGAAUACGCACCUUUCGGCAAUUUACGAGAAUAUCUUCGUGAAAGAAGACUUGACCGAAACGGAGAGACCAUUCCAAUAGAAGGAGAAGAAAAGUUGUGCUUUAGGGAUUUCGUCUCCUUCAGUUAUCAAAUUGCUCGUGGAAUGUAAUAUUUGUCAGGAAGAAAGUUUUGUAGUGUAUUCAUCGCGAUCUUGCUGCCAGGAAUAUUUUAGUUGGUGAAGAUAGAGUAAUGAAAAUUGCAGACUUUGGUUUAGCUCGCGACAUUCAUCAGAUUGACUAUUACCGCAAAACAACUGACGUAUGUAUUCUGUGAAAUUGUGCCAUUAAUCCUGAUAAAUAAUUUUUAAGAAUAUGAAAACAUUUUUUGUCUUCAUGGAUUUUAUUGUUUUCGUAAAGAAACUUCCUUGUAUAUGUAUAUUAUAGUAAAUUUUCUAUUUUUGUGCCUGAACUUCGAGUGGAAAUAUUUUUGUUUGAUUGUAUUAUAAGACAUUUAUAAUUA